AUGGAGAAAUUAUUUAGGAAUCCAGAAUUGAACGUUAGUGUGAGAACUGUGAGGUGGGGUGAGGGAAUACUAUUUUAUGCAAAAGAUGUGGCGGAAUCCCUAGGGUACGCAGAUCCAAAAAAGGCAGUUCAGAAACUAGUUAGGAAACAGAAUAAGGUAAGCGUAGAGGAGCUCCGCAUGGGGGGCGAAUCACCCCUCUUCGAAAAAUGUCACCCACAAAUGAUCCUGCUAUACGAACCAGGCUUGUACCAGCUAAUAUGUAGCUCAAGGCUUCCAAUAGCAGAGGACUUUCAGGAUUGGGUAUUCAAGGAAGUCCUUCCAUCUAUCCGUAAAACUGGCUCAUACAAAUUACCAGUUUACUGUAAUCAGAUGAGAUUAAUUAAUGAGACGGACCUUCAUUAUGCUGUUGUAGAAUUUAUUAGGGGGUACCACCCAAAAGCUCUAAUCCAACCGGGACUAGGAGAGUACCAGGAUACAUCACAAAUACAGACACUUAUAUCUAACGAUUACACAAAGAUAGUGCUAGAUAUAGAGGAGUACUUUAGGGUCGACAAAACAAAGAAAUUCCUAGAUGAAAUAAAGAAUCUUAAGAUAAAGUGUAAGACUCUUAAGGCCAGUCAGUGUGAGGAAGUUGUAAUUCGACAAAUUGGUUACACAGUAGGUAAGUACUAG